UUUAAAGAUGGCGGCCAAAAUAAUCUUUUCUGUAGAAUAGGCGGAGUUUUAAGCGAUUUAGCUGUGUUUUAUCUUUCUUUGGCAACAACUACAGCUUGAAACAGAGGUAAAAUAUGGCGUCUAACAACCUAGCAGUGCCCAUUGUACUGUGGGGCCAUGUUCCCCCCACCCACUGUAUCUCUGCCAUCCUGCUCACCAGUGACCAGAGAACUGUUGUUACAGGGUGUCAUGAUGGGCAGAUCUGUCUAUGGGACCUCAACGAAAAUAUGGAGUUGGUUCCCAGAAACAUGUUGUUUGGGCACACAGCGAAGAUCACAUGUUUGGCCAAGUCUACAGACACCUGGGAGAAGUGCAAUGUGGUCAGUGCUGCAGAAAACGGAGAGCUGUGUUUGUGGGAUGUUAGUGAUGGAAGAUGUAUUGAGCACACCAAACUGUCAGGAACUCAUACUGCAAUAUAUCCCUACCAGGUUGGUAACGGCAGUACGCGGGAGUACCGUUUGAUCUGUCAUGGUUACUACGCCGAGAUUCUCAUCAUGGACGCCAACAGCCUGGAGGUGCUCUUCUCCCUCUCCUCUAAACUCUCACCUGAUUGGAUUAGCUGCCUCUGCAUCCUCCGACCAAUCAAACGGCAUGAGGAUGUAAUAGUGGCUCUAUCCACCAGUGGAACUCUGAAAGUGUGGACUCUUACAGGCCAGGAGACCAAGCCUUGGAGACGAAAGCUACAGAUAGGAGGAGCGCACGAGAAACGUGUGAAGGAGUCAGAGCCGAUCUUUGAGACGGAGUCGAAGCCCCUUCGCUGUCUAAACGCCAAGACACUUGCCUGCUGCCAGUUUACCCAGAGAACAGUACUCAUCGUGUGCAGCAGCUAUUGGCAGGUGUAUGAUGCGGGCGACUUUUCGCUGCUGUGCUCCGUUCCUAACAAGAAAGGCGAGCCGUGGACGGGUGGAGAGUUUGUGGCAGGUGAUCGGGUAAUCGUGUGGAGUAAGGCAGGGCGCGGGAGCCUCUACCAACUGCCUUCAUGCUGUAUUCCUGACAGUGCAGACUUCAGAUCAGGUGUUGGCCAGGCAGCAGCAAAAACUCCUGCUCCAUUCCAGUACCUGGUCAUGGAGAUAGAGCCUGCAAAAAUCAAAAAGCCCCUGACCUGUACCCCAGCCAUGAGUUUUUCCUUCGGCCGACGCGGGUCAUACCACAAGCUGCUGCUGAGGGGGGAUUCCCACGGGAGGGUCACCAUGUGGAAGAUUCCCGACAUCACAGAAAAGGAGCUGUCACGCCUCAAACAGGAGGAUAUAGUGGACCGACCCCCUGACAUGCCGCCGCAGGUGUCUGUCAGUCUGCAGGAUGUCUGGGACUCCAUGGAACUCAAACCUGCAGGAAUCAUCGACCAACUGAGCACAAAACAGGACAACACCCCCCUGGCUAUCACAGCAAGUCUGUACCUCCCUGCACAAGGUCGGCUGGUGUGUGGACGUGAAGACGGCAGUAUCAUCAUCGUACCGGCUACACAGACAGCCAAGGUACAGCUGCUACAGUGUGAACACACCAAACAGAGAGGUUGGCCCCCACACCGUAUCCUAAGAGGUCACAAGGGCAAGGUAACCUGCCUGGUGUACCCUCACCAAGAAUCACUGCGCUACGACCCUCAGUACCUGGUGUCAGGCGGCGUGGAUUUCGCUGUCUUACUCUGGGACUUGUUCAGCGGGCAGCUUCUGCACACAUUCUCUGUACAUGGUGGGGAAAUCACCCAACUGGUCUGUCCACCUGAUAACUGUAACGCACGCGUGCUCCAGUCGGUGUGUUCGGUGGCCACAGACCACUCGGUGUCCCUCCUGAGUCUGCGGGAGAGGAAGGCCCUCCUAUUGGCCGGACGUCACCUGUUCCCUGUACAGGUCAUCAAGUGGCGACCUGCAGAUGACUUUCUGGUGGUGGGAUGUCUGGAUAACACUGUCUACGUCUGGCAGAUGGAAACAGGCCACCUGGACCGUGUGGAAAGCGGCAGUGUUGCGCAGGACAUCCUAAACGCCUGCGAUGAGACUAUCCUCCCCAGCGAGAGCACCACCACGCUCGCACAGGCACUCAAACGCAGGAGCCUGGCCGCCUUCAAAAACGUCGCUCAGAGAGCUGCCUUCCAGGUUCUACAGACAUCCACAGCCAGCCAAUCCCAAGCCGAGGUUUCCAAGUCCCAGAACUUCGCUCUGUCAAUCACUCCAAUGCGGACCAAUCCAAAGGACUCUGACUUCCACGUCUUGUUCUUUGAUACGGAGGCUCUCAUUGUCCAACUCCUGACAGAUGAAACCCUAGGUUUAUCCUCUCCGGUUACUCCCGAACCCAGCAAGCAAAAGGACCAAUCCGAAUCACCCUCCUCCAAACGUCGCACUCUGUUCAGUUCUGUAGGGGAGACCAUCAAAGCGCAAGUCAGCGAAACCAUAAAAUCACAGCUGAAGCAAGGCUCGGAUUUCAUCGACCUGAAAAUGAUGUCGGGGAGCCCGAAGAAAGAACCAACAAACGGGCAGAAGGAGAGCGUGGAUUUGGAGUACAAGUCCAAACGCUCAAAGAACUUAACGCUACUUGAAUACAACCUAACGUUAGAUAUUGCUCAGUUGUUAAUGUCUUGUCUGCAUGCGUGGGGGCUAGAUCUGGAGUUGGACAAGCUUUGCCUGUUUAAACUGGGUCUCUUGAAACCGCACAUUCCGGUUUCGUUUGGUCUGCUGUCUCGUGGCGGGCACAUGUCGCUGAUGCUCCCAACAUGGUACAAGUACAGGGAGAGGGUGACUACGGGGUUGGCAGAGCCAAAAAAGACGCAGCUCGUCCCAAGUUCUUCGCUGGUUCACAGUGGCCACUGGGAGAUCUCCUCAGCUGUUACCACCCAGCACCUCCUGUCUGUCAUCUCUGUAGCCAACACUCUCAUGGGCAUGACUAACGCUAGCUUCCUGGGGGAGAAAAUCAACCAGGGCAAGAGAACAAGGUUCGUAGUUGACCGCAGUGAGACAGGCUGCGAACUGAUGAGCAUUGUGCUAGAGAGUGAGAGAGUCAGGAGAAUUAAGCAGGUUGGUGUGCAGGGCCUGAUUGUGGGAGAAGUGAGCACAGACUCUGAUGGUACCGACUCAGAGGCUGAGGGAAGCAUGCCUCCAUCUAUACAACAGUCACAAUGUUCCUCCUGUAUACAUGAAUGGCUACAGGCCUUCCAACAUUUUCAACUCAGUGACAACCAAGAAGUCAAAGAGGCUCAGAUAAAACAAGGCUGGAGUCUGCUGGCUGCACUCCACUGUGUGUUACUGCCGGACCUGCUGGGUAAGGAGCGCUUCCAGCCGCCACAGCUGCAGAUGUUAGCCAGGCGCUGGCAGGACAGGUGUCUGGAGGUGCGUGAGGCAGCCCAGGCCCUGAUGUUGGCAGAGCUGCAGCGAAUCGGACCAGAGGGUCGGAAGGAAGUCAUCGACUCCUGGGCACCGCAUCUUCCAAACUACGUUGACCCUCAGACCUCCCAGUCUCCAGAAACACAGCCAUCAUCUGCCUCCUCUCCUAAAGACAAGGCUGAAGCCACCACAGAACCACCCAAGGAGGAGGAAACAGACCAUCUUCAGGAGGAAGACCUGAUCUCUGGGUGUGCGCCCAGUUUAAUGGAGGAUGAAGUGUCGCAGGAAUCCUCUCCUGUUGGCAGAAAUUGCUCUCCUGAAAUGGCGUAUCCCACCCAGAAGAAAGCCUCCAUGCCCUUUGAAGCACGGCGUAACCAGGCCACUGCCAUUGUGAUGCUGGGGGUGAUAGGUGCAGAGUUUGGUGCUGAGAUAGCGACCAAGGGACAGAACGAAGAGCAGAAGAAGAAAGCCAGUCGGGCACCAGAAGGUUUCAGCAGGGACAACUAUUCCCUCGCUAGACACACCAGCAAGGCGCUGACCUACCUUCUCCUGGCUCCGCCCAGUGGCAAGCUUCCCGCCCACACGCCAAUCAGAAGGGCUGCCAUCGACCUGAUUGGUCGAGGGUUCACGGUGUGGGAGCCAUAUAUGGACGUGUCAGCGGUACUGUUGGGUCUGCUGGAGUUGUGCUGUGACGCAGAGAAACAUGCAGCAAGUAUGACGAGUGGGUUACCUUUGACCCCUGCUGCGGACUCGUGUCGCACGGCACGUCACGCCCUGUCCCUGAUCGCCACCGCCCGCCCGUCUGCGUUCAUCACCACCAUGGCCAAGGAGGUUGCCCGCCACGCCGCCAUGGCCGCCAACGCGCAGUCCCAGAGCGCGCCCAUCCACACGUCUGUGUUGGUACGCGGGAAACCGGAGAUACUGAGGGUCAUCGAACUGCUGAUUGACAAGAUGCAGAGUGACGUGGCUGAACUGAUUGUGGAGGUUAUGGACAUCACAGUGCACUGCCUGGACGCCACCCAGCUGAAACAGAAGGGACUGCAGGAGACUUUUCCCGCCAUCUGUCGCUUCAACAUGGUCAGCUACGAUAACCACAGCCGGCGCAUCGCUGUGGGGGCCAGGAACGGCUACCUCGCGCUGUACGACCAGAAAACAGCCAAAUGUCAGAUGAUAGCUGCCCACAGUGCUCCUGUCAUGGCGGUAGCGUUUUCCCCUGACGGCCGACAUCUCGCCACGUACUCAUACCAGGAGAACAAACUCCUGUUCUGGCAGAUGGCAGCAGGGUUGUUUGGCAUGAUGAGUGGCUCCAGUAUCAAGUGUAUCCGGUCUCACGACACCCGACCGGCGCGCGCCGGGAGUAACACCUCGCUCAACAGCCUGCUGAAGGGGGUUCGUCUCGUCUGGAUCACGCAGAAAAAUGUCAUCGUGCUCACUGGAGACGGUUCUGAACAGAAGUUUAGCGUCUAGUGAGAAAUAGAGUCUUA